CUACUACUGUAAACACUUGAGUAUUGUACCAUUUCCAGUUUUACUUAAUUCUGUGAAGUUAAAUAUUUUUUUCCAGAAUCAUAUAUGCAGAUAUAUUAAAUUUGACUAUGAUUUUCAGUAUCAGUGUUAAAUGAGGAAACAGAUGAUGUACUAAAUUAUAUUGAAAUGGAAAGCUCAGCAGAAGGAUCUCUCUAUGAAAAUUCAUCAAUGUUAACUGAUUUUAAUGCUUCAUCACGUUGGUCAGAUAAAGAAACAAAAUUAUUAAUAGAGCUGUUUAAAACCAAUUUUGAGAAAUUAAAUGACAAAAAAUAUAAAAGCAAGUCAAUCUAUGCUGAAAUUUCUAAACAUUUCUCAAGAUUUACAACUGAACAAGUGGAGAGCAAAAUAAAAAAUCUAAAAAAGAGUUAUAAAUCCAUUCUUGACAAUAACAGUAAAACUGGUCGAGGGAAAAUCACUUGGCCAUAUUUUACAAGUAUGAAUGAAAUUUUUGGUCGAGACCCGGAAAAUAGCCCAAUGAGUAUUGCAUCAAAUACCUUGGGAUUUAUUAAAAGUCCUGAUAGUCAGGAUACUUCAGACAGUGAAAAUAUAUCUGAAACCCCUAAAAAAAAAAGGUAAAAAUUGGAGAUUCUAGAAAACUUUUAGGACAACCU